AUGAAAUCCAAGAGACGUAUCAAGCCUCUUCAUCCCUACUCUUCUGUCAAGAAGACCACGUUCUAUCCCAAACGCACUCAAGCCCUUCAAAUGGAAUACAACUCUCAAGAUGACAGUCUGAGCAGUCUCACUUCUGAUCCACCCACUAAACAUCCAGACCAGCUUCAUCUCUCUCACUCUUCUACCACUCCUAACGCUACGAAACCAAACUCGCUUCCGACGCUGAAAUCCCAUCAAUCUUCCAUCAUCUCUAUCGGGUCUUCAAGUACACCCUCAACAAACAAUUCCAUCAUCUCUGUCGGGUCUUCAAGUACACCCUCACAAAACACUUCGCCAAAGAGCAAAUCUACUCAAAAGCCAUCACACCCUACUUCUUCCAAUCCUACUGACACGCGAAAACGCCGCAAACCGAAUAUUGGAACGGGGACGGAUGAUAAUGCUCGUCUAGGCAUUUCAUCCAGUCUACGAGAAAGUGAUGGUAAUGCAAGAGUCAAAGGGUCUGUCUGGCCCAAGAGGGGAGAAAAUACAUUCAGAGGGGUUAUGCAACAUAUCAUAUGUCAAUAUUGUGACGCACACGUACAUUGGGCUUGUGCAGGUCUACCAGACGAAAUAGAUUUGACUGGAGACGAUUGGACAUGUCCAGAUUGUCAUACUCUUUUAUCCCUUGGUGACGAAGAACAAUAUUAUCCAGAGAGUGUCAUUGGAAGGAAGACGAUACCAGCUACAAAAGAUGAAAGAAGACAAGUUAUUUAUCUUGUGAAAUGGUAUGGAUAUCCUAUUGAAGAAUCCACCUGGGAAAAAUCAACCGAGGUAUUAAUUGCACACAAACAAGAAUUUCAGAAGAAAUGCGAUCAAUUAGGUUUUUACUCCAACGACGACUUUCUCUUGCCCGAGACGAAAACAUUCUUCAAAGAUCUGUCGUCUAGUCAGCUGGGUGAGAUGAUAUAUUUUAAGAUGAGAGGGAUGCAUCUAUGA